CCUAUACCUAGUCUUCAACAACAGUGUUCAAAUUAAUUAUAUAUCACUUUAUGUAGUAAAUUAAUAUCCCUUAAAUAUAUUAUAUUAUUAUUUUAUUUUGUUUUCAAAUACAGGAGUGAAGAUUUGGAGCAACGAUGAAGCUAUUUGUGAUAACACUGUUUGUGGCCCUGUCGACUGUCCUGAUGGUUACGACGGCUGCCCCAGUAAGCAACGAUCACGGCAAUGAGUAUGACUACGAGGAAGAUGCUGAACCAGCACCGGUUCCUGCUGCGCCCACAACGGGUAGGGGAAGAUUAUCGCUUCUCAGCACACGUGGACAGAGGGGUCCUUCGCCUCUCGUUGGUAACCGCGGAGCUGGAGUAAAGCAGCAAACAGCCGCUAAGCCAGUUGAACCCCCUCCAGAACCGGAGGAUCUGGAAGAGUUGGAGGGAGAGGUAGAAGAGGGCCAAGAAGAUAUACCUGUCACAACAACAACUGAGGCUCCCAAGAAGUCUCUAGUUCGCGGAGGAGUCAGACCCUUCAGAAGCAACGAAGAUCUUCUGGCGGCCCUGAAGAGAAGGCGAGAGCAACAGCUGAACGGUGGGUCACCCAAAGUGGUGCAAGUAUAUCCCACCCCAUCGUCAGUCCAGCCCUCAGAAGACAACAAAACGACUCGAAGCACUAGUAACAGUCAGCAGAAUUCUGCCAGCAAUGGUAGGAGGCGGUUCAACAGCAAAGCUUCAGCAGCUGCUGGCUCAUCUGCUGAGCCGGUCGUCGCAGAACAGUCUGAUUCAGGCCGGCGAACAUCUGGCAGGAGGUACCCUGGGAGAAGCAAACCCACCAGUCUUCCAGUCAGUGAAACUUCCGAUCUUGAAGAAGAGGCGACACCUAAACCAAAGUCAUCAUCAUUCAGAAGACGGCUUUAAUGUACAUAAAAUAAAUGUAAUUUCUUUGUAUUUCCAGACGAAAAUUCCUUUUGACUGAGAUACAAUACCUUCCUACUGCAGCUUAAUGUGUUCUGCCUUCUACGAGCAGGUUUAAUAGCGAGACGGUUAUUAAAAAGCCUUUUUAAAAAUAACUUGCUCCCUAAUAUUCCGGGUGCUUGUUCUGAACUGCAGAGGUAUCGUACCCACUUUGUACCCAUCGAAGCAGAUACAUGGGAAUAUAAACUGUCUAUCAAAGAUUAAUCAGUAGAAAAAAUUGAAGCAUAUGGGACUAAGUAUACAUUUUCCAUUCUCUGGUAACCAGCGAGAAAAUCUUCAAGAGAUCACUAAAUUCUAUAGUUAUGUUCCGGAAAAUAUUUUCCUCCUUUUUAACAACGCGCAUAAUUAUUGUCUCUAGCUAUGUCGUCGUAAUAUGUGGCCCAUCAAGUACAUCCAGCAUUUCAUGCAAUGUUACAGCUAAGAGUAGUAAAUCAUGUUGCUACAUUCGAAAGAAAUACAACCGUUUCUACAGGGAAAUUGCAAGAUCAGAAACAUAAUUCUGUUCGUUUCUGGAAAUCAUCUACAAGGCAUAGCUUUUAGAGACUGUUUUGUCUUUGCAUAACCGUGUUUUGGAUUGUUAUGGUUCAUGCAAUUCUCAUUUAACAAGUACUGCCAAAUUUAUCAUGAACAAAUUCAUAUCAAAGAAAGUAACUGCCCAUAUUCAGUUCUGUACCUACAGCGCAAGCGCAGGGUAGGCCUAAUUCUUGCGAAUGAGAUCCGAUGUUUCAUCAAACCCACACACAAAUUGUAAAAAUUCUCUAAAAAGAUUAUUGGAAGUCCGCCUAAAUUUGGUGUCUUUUGUAAACAGAGAAAACGAUAUAAUAUACUAGGGUAACAUUGCUUCACGCGUUCCAGUUACUGGCAAAUUGCAAAACGAAAAAGAAAACAGAGGAAUAUACAAUAGCACAUUUAUUAAUAGUUACCCGUUAAUCUGGAAUUUGUUCGAAUGCAAACUGCAUGAGAGAAGAAAUAGGCUGGCCGAAUAGACAGAUAUGUUGUGAAACGAAUACUGCAUAUUUAUCUGUUUAAUACCCAAUUAAAUACUACAGAUAAUUGCUUGUGUUUACAUAGAUCAUAGCACCCUUGUUAUGUUCGUCUUAUCAAGUGAAGGCAUUCGCAAUAUCCAUUACAUAUAAAAAAAAUUUAAUUUUUCAGUGAAAUUUUGACACUUCUCGACGUAUACAAUUAUUAAAAGACAUACAAUUCAUCAUUACAACAUAUUACAGUUAUACUGUUGUAUACGUAUGUAUCCUGCAGGCUUAAAAUUGUAAAGGCCUGUCCACAUUACUCGUGCUCGUGCGUCAGAAGCUCACUGCUGCCGGAAAAUCAGGAUC